CUGGACCCUUGUCAUGUGACAAGGACGCCGAGGCCGGAUGAUACUGAGAGAACCUGAUUCUGGGAUCCGUGCACUGCAGAACGGCUAAAGAUGUCACUGGAAGACCCUUUCUUUGUAGUGAAGGGGGAGGUGCAGAAGGCGGUGAACUCGGCACGUGGACUGUACCAGCGGUGGUGCGAGCUGCUUCAGGACACGCACGGCGUCAGCAAGGAGGAGUACGACUGGACCACCAAUGAGCUCCGCAACAGCCUCCGCAGCAUCGAGUGGGACCUGGAGGAUCUGGACGAGACAAUCGGCAUUGUGGAAUCGAACCCUCGGAAGUUCAAGAUUGAGACGGGGGAGCUGUUAGAGAGGAAAGCAUUCGUCGUCCAAACAAGACAGACUGUGAAGCAAAUGAAAGAUCACAUUUCCAGUCCAUCCGCUGUCGCAUUUGCUGAGAGAAGUGAACGGCAGAACCUCUUUGGAGGCAUGGACCCUCUGAGGAAGCCCGCAGAUCCAUAUAGGCAUCUGGAUCAGGAGCUGGAGACCGCAAACUCCCAGUAUAUCGAGGAGCAGCGGGCACAGCAGAGGCUAAUAGCAGACCAGCAAGACCAACAGCUCGAGCUGGUGUCCGGAAGCAUUGGGGUCCUCAAGAACAUGUCCGGCCGAAUAGGAGAUGAGUUGGACGAACAGGCAGUGAUGCUGGAUGAAUUUUCCCAUGAGAUGGACAACACCCACUCACAUUUGGACAGCACAUUGAAGAAAUUAGCCAAAGUCUCUCACAUGACCAGUGCUCGUCGUCAAUGGUGUGUGAUCAUUGCCCUUCUUGUCAUCCUGAUCGUGGUCCUCGUAUUGCUCUUCACUCUGUGACCAUUGAGUUGCGACUUUUAAUUUGGUUUACAAUGGGGUGGGUUGGGGAGGGGGUUGGUGGCUGCCAAGGGCAAUUGGCAGCUGGAGCAUCUGUCCCUGCAGAGUUGGAGCAACGUACGGGGAGUCCCACUCAGGUCGAGACAGGAUACUGGCCUGUUUGAAUACAUCAACGUGAUCUGAAAUUACGUGACCGAACUUGCUGUGUGAAUGCUGAAGAGCAAGGAAUGUAAAGAACUUCAUUUUUAUUUAGUUACUUGUAGAUUGUAGUGUAUGUAUUGUGGACACAGGGUCAGACCAUUAUCUUCAAUCAUUUUAAUAAAUAUUUGCAACAGUAGGUAAAGGAACCCCAGUUUGCCAACAAUAAAGGGAGUUGUUCUGCACCUGUGUUAAUAGUAGCUGCCUUAAAUUCCACAGCCAGGUUUCCAUAGAUUCCUCUUAUCUAAAGAACUGAUGUGGGAUUAAGGGAACAGGGAUUGUGAUAUCUACGGACACAGAGGGUGAGUUGUCUGGGUACACAGCAGGUCAUACAUGCAGGUUGGAGAUCUUGCUUGCUAUACCUUACUCCCUCCGUUCUUGAGCAACUCCCACACUCUGAUCCUUUUGGAAGGGUUUUUACUGGGACCUUCGAUUUCUCUUGGUCACAAGUUCCAGACUCGAUCCAGAGAACUGAAUGGAAAAAACCCUAGGCUGACAUUCCAGUUUAUUGCUAAGAAAUAAAGCAAGAAAUUGCUGAAGAUUAAUAUUCUCAAAAUCAGGCAGUCAAACUGCUGGAGGUUAUUCAACCAGGUUGGGAAUACCACGAGCUCCUGCCUGCACCUGCUGGGGACAGGUGGUCUUCUUUCCAAUGAGAGCCACUGGCAAAUAUGUGGGAGCAGGAAUAUAAAGAACUGUUUGUUUGUUCACGAUCUUGGAAUUAUUGUUUUAUUGGAUGAAAUGUUAAACUGAGGCUCCAUCUGCUCUCUCGAGCACAGGUAAAAAUCCCUUGGCUUUAGUUUGAAGAGCAGGGUUCCCCCCCUAGUGUCCUAAACAGUAUUUAAGAGAGUCUCAGUUUGUGGAGCAGGUAUCUAAUUCAUCCGCUUUUCUGAUCUCUGGCUCCCUCAUUCUUUAGCUGGUCAAGAUUAAUCUUCAGCUCUUUUCUGUCAAGCAUAAAUGUCUGUCUCUACAUUAGCUGGAGAAAGUUUUUUAAAAUGUUUGCCUCUGCAUUCCUCCACAUUUUACUGUAUUCUUAAAGGAACUGGAGCCACAGCCAUCAGGCAACCUCAGAUGCCUUUUCAUAAUGUUCCAUCAUCAUGGACCAGGCGAGAGCUUGAGCACAGCUCCCAGCCUCAAACACAAAGAACUUGGGCAAACAGUCCAAGUUAGGAAUACUUUAUUUUACUGUGUAGAGAUGCCAAGUUCAUACUUUUAUUUUUGUACAUGUUAUUCUGUGCAUCGUUUCAGUAUAUAUUUCUUUGCUUUACAAUAGCUCCUUUUUCCCCCUCAUUUUAUUAGUUUACAAUUAAAACAAUUAAAUUAUGUGUCAAAAAUUCUUCAGCUAAAUUUGUGGGAAUAAAAGUAAUUU